UGUUAGUGACUAACGAAGCUUCCAUAUUUGGCACCGUUACAGGAUCUUGUCACAUAAAUACGGAGAAUUAGAUUGGAGAACAUUAGUUUUUGUAACUUCCUUAUAACUCUUUACUCCUCCUCCCUUACGUUCUCUCCUGUGUUGUUCCCUCUGAUAUCCAGUGAGACUUUUCACCUGCUUGUGAGUCCCAGAGCAAGGUUGUAGCUACCCAUAACCAUCUACACCAUGGUUUCUGUUAAUGAGAACUCUAUGGAUGAGGUUCCCCUGUGUGAUGACGACACUAACAGUAUAGAGUACAGGUUACUAAUGGCAUAUGCCCAACGCACACUCCCUGCCAGCAAGUACCAACAGCUGCAGAAGCAGGAAAUAUUCUCACCAGGUCCGAAUGGAACAAAAGAGGGCCAAGAAUCAGGGAAUGUGGUCACCAGUAAUGGAAAGAAGACACCAGCUGCUUCAGAAGGAUCAUCUUCGAAAAAGAAACCGAAGAAGAGCUGGAAGAAAAGCCUUAUGCCCGCGUGUCUGAGGCCUGAGAGCGAAACUAAAUCUAAGAAAAAAAAAGUUAAAGGGGACGCAGAUACAAACCGCACAACAGCGAUAGUCCAGAGACUUCAGAGUAUUAUCCAUAAGCACCGUGAAAGUGCUAAUGCCAGUUACAGAGGCCUUGUACGGAGUUUAAGCCUAGAGACAGAUGGAGAAGACGAUGAAGGAAAACUGAUUCAGGAUAUUGCAAUGAUACUGAGGAAUGCUGGAGACAACCUGGAGAAAGAGAAGCAAGAAGAAGCCACCUUGUGGCAGAGAGCGAGCAGUGCAUUUAAUUACAGUUUUUACGAGCGAGUGAUUAAUUGUUACCUGUCAGAUGUGGUUAUAGAGAAUGAACCAGAGACUCAACAACAAUGCGAAAAACUAGCGCUAUGUAUCGAUGUCACUACCAAGCUGACCGCCAUAGAUAACCAUCCCAUGAACAAAGUACUAGGAUUUGGAGCCAGAUACCUUCAGGAUCAUUUCAGCUCCUGGAUUCAAAACGAAGGAGGAUGGGGAAAGGCUAUGGGAAUAAAGGACGAGGAGAUUGAAUGAAUGCAAAGGGACAUUUGCGGAGGAAUACAAACCAAGUUACAUUUCUUUGUUUUUGAAUUCCUCGACCAUGAAUCUUGCCUCACAUAAACAACCUGCUAAAUCCUGCACAAACAUGUAAGGAUAACGUGAGAUGAUGUUGUGUUUAAAUUGAACACAGAUUCCGCAUCACAAGAAGAGGAAAUUCUCUAUAGCAAGAUCUAUGAUGAUCCAGACAUUCCACAGAUAUUGCAUCUUAUCUCCUAGAUAAGGAUACUCUGAAUUUUAUACUCACAGUUGUAAUAUCUGAUCAGCUGAAGUGACUGAUAAUUGUAUUCAUGAAAUGAAAAUCUGAAUAGUGAAAACUAAAUUGUUUGGGAGAGGGAUUAUUUUUGGUAAAGUUUAACAUUUAAUUUCAGGACAAUAUAACAAUAUCCACUGCAAUAACUUCAAUUUAAUAAAAUAUGAAAUAUAUUUAUUUAUAA